CUUUGUUAAUGAAAGUGCAAUGGGCAGCUGAGGAGAUACGGGAGUGUUCCUGCAGGCAGGCUGCGUGCAGCAUCGGGACCCUGCAUCCAGGUGGCUGAGUGGGACAGUGCCCUGCAUGGCUCAGUGAGGAAGGACUGGUCAGUGAGCAGCACCCAGCACUGGAAGUUUGGGAGAGAGAAGUGUCAGACAUGGGCUGUGCCACCCUGCUCGCCCUCCUCUGCAGCCUGAUCGCCCCUAUACUUUCUACCUCGCCAGAAUGUUUACUCAUAUUGCAGAUCGAGCAGGAACAAAUGGAUUGUAUGAAACUUCCAGAAUAUUUCAACCAGACCUCAGCGUGCGCACGGAUGUGGGAUAAUAUAACGUGCUGGCCAGCCGCCGAGGAAGGUGAAGUCGUUUACGUUCGCUGUCCCGAAUACUUUGGUCUGUUUUCCAAUACAGAAGGCAAUGUCUCCAGAAACUGCACGAGCGAGGGCUGGUCACAGAUGUACCCGUCGUCCUACAUGUUUGCCUGCGGAUUCUCCAACAACGACACGCCGACGGAACAGGCGUUCUUUGGGAUGAUAAAGACGGGAUACACUAUUGGGCACAGUUUAUCGCUAAUCUCUCUCACCGCAGCCAUGAUCAUCCUGUGCCUCUUCAGGAAGCUGCACUGUACCCGGAACUACAUCCACAUGCACCUGUUUAUGUCGUUCAUCAUGCGCGCCGUCGCAGUAUUCGUCAAGGACAUCGUCCUCUUUGAAAGCGGACCGUUGGACCACUGCUCGCCGGGCACGGCCGGCUGCAAGGCUGCGAUGGUGUUCUUCCAGUACUGCAUCAUGGCCAACUUCUUCUGGCUGCUGGUGGAAGGUCUCUACCUGCACACGCUCUUGGUCAUCUCCUUCUUCUCGGAGAGGAAGUACUUCUGGUGGUACAUUCUCAUUGGCUGGGGUGCGCCGACCGUAUUCAUCACAGCGUGGACAAUUACGCGGAUUUAUGUCUUUGACACAGGGUGUUGGGACACAAUAGAAAUCUCGUUUUGGAUCAUCAGAGCUCCAAUAUUGGUCUCCAUUUCGGUCAAUUUUAUUCUUUUCAUCUGUAUCAUCAGGAUUUUGGUUCAAAAGUUGCACUCGCCGGAUGUGGGGAGAAAUGAGAACAGCCAGUAUACGAGGCUGGCAAAGUCAACGCUUCUCCUGAUCCCGCUCUUUGGCGUCCAUUAUAUCAUGUUUGCGUUCUUUCCUCACAACUUUAAGGUGGAGGUGAAACUGGUCGUCGAGCUCAUUCUUGGGUCCUUUCAGGGCUUUGUGGUGGCGAUUCUGUAUUGUUUCCUUAACGGAGAGGUACAGGCUGAGCUAAAGAGAAAGUGGCGGAGAUGGCAUCUGGAGAGGUUUCUGGGAAAGGAUAUAAAAUAUCACAACCCUUCCACGGGCAGCAACGGCACCAACUUCAGCACCCAGAUCUCCAUGCUGACAAAGUGCAGUCCAAAGACUCGGAGAUGUUCCAGCUUUCAGGCAGAAUUCUCUUUGGUCUGACGCCCAGAGCACCAAUCCCGGACUACAGGGCGGGACUUUGCCCCUUAGCGGCAUCACCUCUUUAACGCGGAUUCUCGAGACGUAAAGUCUGAACGCACAUUGUUCUGAAUUGCACUUUAUGGGGUUGUGGGAUUCAUUUCAUAGCCCUGGAAGUGGACGGAAUAAUUCAUUAGAAGACUUGGGAACUCUUGGAUUCAUACUGGAAAUGUCUUAAAGUUCUCUCUCGAACAAGUCUUGAAAAGAAACUUUUACAGUAAAAGAAAAGAAAGAAAUAUUUAUUUAAUAUUCAAAGUUUAGUGCAGAGAAUAACAUCUAGAGAAGUGAAUAUAUCCCACAGGGGCAACAAGAAGUAAUACAUGUCGAGCUGAAUAAGACAUAGCGGCCCUCGCUACUAUAAGUGUGAAGUUUCGUGCGCUGUUCAUCGGGGGUUGGGAACCAGACCUCACGCUGGACCCCUUUUAUAUAUUUUUUUAAAAAUGAACUUUAUAUAAUGGUAAAAUCAAAUUUACGUAGGUACAUAUUUAGGGUAAAGCAAAUAAGGCACAAAAAAAAGUUUUACUAAAUGUUUUGGUUAUAAAUUUUACAUUUUCUGCGGCACCAAAGUGGGUUGAACUCUCGGUGUCCCCUUCAGCUGGUCAGUGGUAAACAUUCAUCACGGAGUGUACGAUCUAUAACAUUUACACAUCAAUUGGUGCAGUGUCCCCAAUACUAUGGAACAAGCUUAUCGCCAUUGCGGCAAAUGGGUGAAAACAUAAGAAAAACACACAGCCAAUGAUAAAGUUGUGCGGAAGCCAAAUAAUUGUUUCAAGAAAUGUGCAUUUGGCCUUAAACUUACUGACACAUCCUGCUCUUACAACGUCUCCUGAGUGUCAAACGAAACGCGCCAGACAGAUGAUAAAACACUGAUGUAACAUGUAACAAAGUGGGAGCUGCUGUUACACAGUACAUCUGUAGGGUAUAGGUACGGAGAAUAAUUAUUCCAGGGUAUGUACUUAUAUGACUUUGAUGGAGUAUUUAGAUAAACGCUCUAUAAUCUACAUAAUACAUUUGUUUCGGAGAUAAACUGUCAAACUUUUGUUUUCACUGCAAACUGGAACCAUUACCCCCCUAGCCGCACGUCCUGGGCGCUGUCUUUCUGCGGUAUGGAACCUCACGAAUCUCUUUUGCUCGACACUUUUUAAAUAGGUGUGGAAUGGUUUGAUUGGUUAGUGUAAACGCAAGGCUCUAGGAAGGGUCACUUUCGGAGAGGGGUGUGAGACGGAGCAGAGGGAAGGGGCCGCGCGGAGCAGAGCAGUUAUUUAUUUUUGCCCAUUUCAGCAAUGUGGCAUUACAGAAAAACACACUUUAUGCAGGGACGCUGGGAAGUGCCUGGCGGGAGGUGUUUAAAAAAAAAGGGUGUGGUUCAUUGUGUCGACAGUCAUUAGGUCGACCAAAGUUGGUCGACAGUGAAUGGGUCAACACCUGAAAUAGGUCGACAUGGUCAUGUGGUCGACACAGGAAAAGUCGUCAUGGAAAAACGUCGACAUGAGUUGUUUUUUUUGUGUAGUUUUUUUUCCGUAAAGUGACCGGGAACCCCAAUUAGUGCACCAUGUCCCCUCACAUGGCUCGCUUCACUCACUAUGCUUCAGAGAAGGUGACUUGCUUCACUACCGCUGCGCUCGCCCCGGUUACUAUUCCCAAUCUUAUCCACGUGGAUCGUAAAGUGUGAAAAAGUUUAAAAAAUGUUUUGUUUUUUUUUAAGUAGAAAACUUAUGUCGACUUUUUCAUGUGUCGGCAUCUGCCAUAUCGACCUACUGAACAUGUCAGCCUAAUGCAUGUCGACCGAUAGUGGUCGUCCUAAUGACUGUCGACUUAAGUGUGGUCGGCCUAAAGACCGAAUAACUUUAAAAAAUAGGUGCACAGGUAAAUAGUCCUUUCCCCCGCAGCACCUGUGUAACUGGCCUACCUGUAAGGUGUGCUUGUACGCAGCUAAAUAGUCCUUUUCCCCGCAGCACCUGUGUAACUGGCCUACCUGUAAGGUGUGCUUGUACGCAGCUAAAUAGUCCUUUUCCCCGCAGCACCUGUGUAACUGGCCUACCUGUAAGGUGUGCUUGUACGCUCAUGGAGAACAGAUCCCUUUCCUGAAUCUACUAAGUAAUUCCUACUUAAUGAACGACGGCAUCGUUCAGAGGAUUCAGCAGGAUUAGGCGCGUUUUGCGUUUUCAUGAAGUGUUCCGUGAAUGAAUUCAGAAGAAGUGAUUUCAGACGGGUCUCUGCGGGCGGUUAUAGGCCGAUACUGGUGAAGGAAAGGUUACAGACGUCCCAUAUAGGUACACAUACUGAUAUAGCAUUUAUUAACCAAGCAAGUCGCCCACUUAUGUAGGAACUCGCUCCAUGAUGAUUAAAUCUCCAGUGGCUUUCACAGCUAACAUAUCUGCAAGGGUUAAACCGUCACUUGGAUAUGUCGCGCCGAGCUGAUAGAGUCUCCUCAAAGUAAAUUACGCUGCGCCAGAUCUAUGUAAUUAAAAAAGUAGCUGUGAGUUUAGUCCUGAUUUCACAUUCCAUUUCCAUAGCGUCUCUGAUCUGCAUUGGAAAUAUCUUCCAAAAGUAGCCUCAAUAAUCCGGCUCAGUAGCCAUGGAGGUCUGGAUGGAGAGAGAGGAGCUGUCGUACCCAUUCACUCAUGCAGAAUACGCUCACUAUACCGCUAACUGCCCUGCAUUAAUGGAGGCUGCCUCCCAUUAAUACGUGGCAGAGGUCUGGGCGUAGGGGGCAGGAGGGCAGAUGCCCCUGAGGCUCUCUGGGUUGCACAGAUGGGCUGACGCAGAUGGACUAUGCUCCUAUUGGUGGCAUUGUUUUUGGGCAUUACAUGGCGGAGGCUCAGAAAGCGUUUUUUUUUAAUAGCAAAAACAUGAAUUUUGUGCCACGUGUUACAGAGUACAGUACUUAUAUAUCUGUAUCUGUCACUCAUCAGGGACAUCUUACCGUAUAGGCAGCUGCCCAGGGCCCCACAAUUCUAGGGGCCUUCCAACAGGCUUGGGUGGUGGUCACACAAUCAGAGCAUUCUCUACCUGCCUCUCAGCCUGCAGCCAGACAGCGAAUGGCUGGCAGCAUGCUGAUUGGCAGAUGGCUGGAGCUAUCCACCAAUCAGAGUGCAGACAGUCAAUCACUGUAUGGGAUCAUGUGAAGAGAUGGUGCAGGACUACAUGAGGGGCUUAUUAUGAUGGUUCCCGUGAAUGGGUGGGUAGGGGCCCCUGUGCAUUACUUUGGCCCGGGCCUACAAUGCUGUUAAGACGGCCCUGACACUAAUUCAGUGUUUUAGAGGGGCCCUAAAGCCUGGAGAUUCCUGGGCAACCGCCCCUGUUCACCUGGUAUUAGCACCAACGUUGAUGUAGAACAUAACAGCUACAUGAUCGUCAUUUGCUAACCCAUACCCGGCAUGCCAGCCUUGUGCCCGCUGCAGUCCAAUGCCCACAGUGCAUCUCUCUGUGCCUCUCAUACAUGUCAUGUUCACCAUGCACAGUGUCGCGCCAACCAUGUAUAGCCCCGUGCCAAACAUACCCGCCCAACUCCCACCUCUGCCUGGAGAUGUGGGUGUAAUGGUCCAUUAGGAUGUUUGACAUCUUCUGCUGAAACUCUUCCCUGUAUUACCAAUACUUGCAGCGUCUGACCGGGUUGUCUGAUGUGGUUAGGGAACAUCCGAUGUGGGUAAGAAACAUCUGAUGCAGGUAGGGAACGCCUAAUGCAGGUAGGGAACAUCCGAUGUGGGUAGGGAACAUUUGAUGCAGGUAGGGAACAUCUGAUGUGGGUAGGGAACACCUGAUGCAGGUAGGAAACAUCUGAUGCGGGUAGGGAACAUCUGAUGUGGGUAGGGAACAUCUGAUGCGGGUAGGGAACACCUGAUGCAGGUAGGGAACAUCUGAUGUGGGUAGGGAACGUCUGAUGUGUGUAGGGAGCAUUGCAGUUUGUAUGUCUUGUCUCUUGAUCUGUUUAUGUUGUCCCCAUGUCCCCAGUCAGUGCAAUGACAUGACCCGACCUCAUGAUGAGAUGACAUCCUCCUAGCCCAUGCCACUAUUUACUCCCCUUGCCACAGGAUCACAUUAUGAUGAGUAUAACUCUGCAUAUAAAGACAAAACCUUCUGCUCAGAUGAACUUACGUUCAUAUAUUUUAUAUAUUUACAGCAAAAAAAUGGAAGUAAAUUUUAUGUUACCAACAUGAUAUAUAAUACUCAAGUGAUACUAAUAUACAGUAUGUACUCCUAUAAAUAUUAUCUCUGUAUUACCGCUGAGAUGUAAUGCCAUGGCUUGUAAUCAGUGGGUCGCAUGCAACAUCUUCUGCUCAGUCGUGCUGCACGGCCAACCAAAAGAUAUCGUGUGCGACCCGGUGAAGGACGUAACGAGGUGUCGCCCUGCCGUUCAUUAGAUCGGGUAAUGUGUACCGUCAAUCUGCUAUGGUCCAACACAAAGGAAAAUUGCCCACACCAUAGGCACGAUUGCCGGUCGUGUAGGUGUGUACCAGGCCUUACACUUGUCUAAACCCCUGGAAUGUGUGUGAGACUCAUAGAUUAUAGUAGACCAACCUUAUGGAUCCCGCACAAUUCCCAAGAAAAGUGUGUGGCAUAAUGGCGCGUUUCGUGGUUAAUCAUGUUGCUGUGGCCCAUCGCCACACACAACAGGGGACAGGGCGGUGAUAAUGCAAUUCAUGGCACCACGUCUUCUCCCCCCGCCACACACACACACACACACACACCUGUACAUACACACAUCCCACCUUUACAUCACCCUCAGAUGUUACAAAGUUGGCAAGUGUGACUAGAUUAAUAGAUUGUAAAAAAACGUAUUGGCCCUCAUGUAAUAACCAGAGGAUCGCAGGGACCAUCCCUGAUUCCGGCAAUUUAGUCUCUAGGUUUAAAGCAGCUAUAUUUUAAAAGGCACACUUGGAUUGGUUUUGCCUUUUUAAAAUAUUGCCACUUUAAAUCUACGUACUAAAUAAAUUCCUGCAACUCUCAGGCGGUUAUUGUUAUUGGUUGCUAUGGGUUACAGCUAAUUUUCCCCAUCUAGGCUAUAAGGGGAGAUGUAUCAAAUCUUAGAGAGAGAUAAAGUAUAAACCAAUCAGCUUUUGUCAAGUUUCUAGUACAGCCUCGAUUAUGACAGGAGCUCAUUAGUUGGUACUUUAUCUCUCUCUACUUUAUCAUCCAUCUCCUAGGCUUGAUAAAUCUCCGCCAAACUCUCCAAAAUUGUUUCCUCUUGAGCAGUGAACCCAUUUUUCAGUUCUGUUCCAUUGUCAAACUGCUUCUGUUCUACCAUGCCCCCAAUCUGCACUCACAUCUUAUCACACCUCACCCAUUUUUCCGUGAGUCCCCACCCUAUUCUUGUGGCAGGCCAUGCCCCUUUUAUACCUCAGAAUAUUGGUGCCUGCAGUGGGGAUUUCUAUGGGAUGUAAGUGACGGCCCUUGAGACAUUUGAAGUUGGGACAAAUUCAGAUGAAGUCCUAAAAUGAAUAAGGGAAAGCCAUGGAUUCCCGCCGCACGCCACCAGCCCACAACACAACCGCUUCCGGGCAGAAAGUAUUAUUUGGGGGGGGUUUAAUUGUGUUAUCCCAUUAUCCUGGGUGGGAAGGAAGGAUGUAAAGCAAAAGACUAGCUGAGGUUAGAUAUGUCUGUAUAUGUAGCAAAUAAUAUAAAGGAAAUAUCCUAAUAUGAGAAUGUAUUCAUUUCCUCCAUUGACUCUUGUAUCAUGUAUUCCCAAAUGCUCACUUAUAGCAUUCAUUUCUUUUGAAGAAAAGAAACAAGUUGCCUCAGCCUUCAGUUAAUGCAGAUAUUUGCACUUAUCCGAUUUUGUGCCAAAUGCUUUGCAGAACUAGCGCGUGGGGCUCAGUAAGUGACUGUUUAAGGGCCAUCUGACUCUGACAUGGCCCCAACCACAGAUGCCAUUAAAUGAGUUUCCCAUCUUAAGAUGAAUUUCAGUGAAUUAUUUAUUGCACACUGUCCUGUGAUUUUGAAAAAAAAAAUGCUUAGUUUUUUUUUAUAGUGUCCAUCAAUGCUUUUCAGCCAUGUCUAUCAUCCAGCAGUGUUAUUUAUUUUCAUCCCCGCCCCUCCCAGAGGGGUAUGACACAAAGCUGACACCUGGCUGCAAUCUUUUCUGACAUAAUGAGCACAACAGAGCCAUUCAAUCAAAGGGCAGUGGGCAUGAACGGUAAUUACUGAUGAUGUAAAUGCAUGGCUGAAAAUCACAUGCAGGAAAUGGAAACUUAUGUGCCAAUGUAUUUAGUAAAAGUCGCAGGAUGGUAUGUACAGUACAAGGCAAUAAAUGAAAUUCAGAUGAAAGUGGACAACCUCAUUAACAACAUGACUAAAGCUAAUGAUAUAUAAUGCUCGGCCCCUGAUUAUGUACAGUCCCCUGUAAAUAUGGUUCUAUAAUAGCACAUGCAAAUGAAUGUAUGUUUUGGUACAAUGUGAAUUGUAAAUAUAGUACAAGGAUAUGUUUAUGACGCAUAGUUUAUCUACAGAAUAUUUUACAAUUUAAAAUCAAAAAUUGUCUUUGUUGCAAAAUAUUAUUAUUAUUUUUUAAGUCCCGUGCGUCUGCUCCGCUUUCCUUUGUGAAUUAGCCCCAGUUGCGCUGGAUUGAUAUACACUGUGACUUUUACCUAUUUUUUUAGUAUGAAGUUUUUAUUUUUGAGCGUAUUUUACUGGUAUCUACUAACCUGUUAUUGCUGUGAAAAUCCACUAAUCUAUUUUCUGCAGAAGUAAAAUUCAGCUUCUAUUUCCUCUGCUUUACUUUUUUAUAAGUGUUAUUUAUUUAGUAUGGAGACCUGUACAGUAUGUGGAUAAUGGGGUCUGGGUGUAUAAAUUCCUUCCAACCGUCCAUUCCAAAUCCAUCUCCGCGCUGCUGGGGGUCUCCCCCCGCCUCCACCGCGGCUGCCACUGCUGAACAAGCAAUAAAAGCAUUGUAAACCUGG